AUGAGUGGCAGUAAGAGCAGUAAGAGUACAGCUCCCAGUACAAUCACAACCACAGGAGGGAUGGAGAGAGAAGAUGCUGGAGGAGUUUGUGGACGAGUGAUUGAUGUUGUUGGGACAGGAGGACAGAAGUCUGAAGCAGAGCAUUAUUUCCUGAAGGCAAUAGAGCUGGAUCCUACUAAAGGAAACUGCUAUAUGCAUUAUGGUCAGUUUUUGUUGGAACAGUUUCGCCUUGAAGAAGCUGCAAUGAUGGCAGAGAAAGCUGCAGAGCUGGACAGUUCAGAGUUUGAUGUGGUGUUCAGUGCUGCUCAUAUGCUCAGGCAGGCUAGUCUGAAUGAGGCAGCUGAGAGGUAUUAUGGGAAGGCAGCAGACCUAAGACCUGAUCAUCCAGCUGCUCUGAUGAAUCUUGGGGCUAUCUUCCACCUUAAUGGGAAACUGAAGGAGGCAGAGAGCAACUACCUCCGUGCACUGCAACUCAAACCAGAUGACCUCAUCACUCAGUCCAACCUCCACAAACUCUGGAAUGUCAUGCAGAAACGGGGCCUGCAAACUACUGGGUCAUGAUCUUCUGCCACAACCCCUGUAGAUAUUUGAUCAUAUUUGAUCUGUGCGGUUUUGUGGUGUUGGAACUCCUACAGUACAUUUUUGUCUUGGCUUGAGGAAUUCAGCUCAAACCAAGAGCUCAAAUGGGCCCAUAAUACUGACAAUUGUUUCAAGGCUGGAGUUAAAUUCACAACUUUCAUUCAGCAAACCUUGAGAAAAAAAGGUUUUUAUUUUCUACAAAAAACAGAGCUGAAGCAGCUACUAUAAGUAGGCCACCACAGUGACCAGAACAUUAAGAAAACCCCUGAGAACUCAUGAGGGUGAAUGUUGGAUGCGAUUAUCCCGAUGGCUUUACUGAUGCACUUACAGUUGAAGGGUUUUGUGUGAUUACUGCAUCAUUGAUGACUAGGAGCACCAAUGAGCAGAACAUUCGGUGUAUAUGCCAAGAGAACCAAGACAAUGUGGAAGCCAUUGUCUACUGCCAGUCAUGUAUUUUUUUCCCCAAAUCCUUCAAAAAAUAUUUGCAAAUAAUAAUUUAUUGCAAAUGGCGAGCCAACAGUGUCUUUAGAAGUUCUGCUCAAGUCUGUUUAUAUCUUCUUUUUUUGUCUUCUCUUGCCCAGAAACAUCUGACCAUAAUAAAGAGAAAAUGUGUGAUAAUUCCUAAUGCCUGUUCUUUGCAGCUAAUUAUGACCAGUGCUGGGCAGAUUACUUGUGAAUCGUAAUCAGGUACUGAUUACAAAUUACAUGACAAAAAAUGCAGUUAGUAACGUAAUCUCAUAGAUUACAUUUUGGGGUAAUCUAAUCCUAAUAUUUUUUUAUUAUUUAUGGAUUACUUUCAACCUAAUUCUAUUUUAUUUUAUGUCACAUGAAUUUAAG